UAGAGUUGACUUUGGCCUCAAUGUGAUCACCAAAAGACCAGAAACCCAUCAUUAAUCUAUUAAUAAGAAUAUCAAAAAAACAAUAAGAACACAAACCCAACAUCCCAAGAUUCAGAUUCAAUCGAGUUCCAAAGUUGUCUGCAAAUCAAAACCCUAGAGAUCAAAACAUGGUGAGACAGAGAAGAAGAGAGAAAGAAGAAGAAGAAGAAGAAAGGCAAGAGGAUGGAGAAGAAGUGAAAGCGGUGGAGCCAACGAGGAGGAUAAGCAGAAGGAAUAUGCAGUCUCUGGUCAUAGGACUCAUCGGCGCGGCGUUGACUAUCGGCGCUUACUCUCAGACGGUCGUUUCUCCGACGAAAUGCAUCGGCGCCGGUCUCUUCGUCCUCUUCUUCGGCUUGCUUGUCAGUGAAGGUUUUAUAUCUCCCUAAUGCUUCUAUAUAUCUCAUCUAUAUUUACAUGUUUAUGCAAAACAUAAAUAUAUAUAUAUAUAUAUAUAUAUAUAUAUAUAUAUAUAUAUUUA